UCUCGCUCUAUCGGCACACUCUGCAAGUGAAAAGCCUCCCAUGUUCACCGCACUGUGAAUAACGUGGGGAAAUAACCGACCAACGAUAUUGUGGGCAGACGGUUUGUUAGAAAACCUGCUGCACAAUUAGGGCUUUUUGCCGGUUAUAAUGAAUGCGAUUCAAAUGCCGGAGGCACAGUUGCAACGAUAUGAAUCGGAUAAGCGCGCCUGGGAGGAUGCGAUCCGUGGGUACACUGGUCCCGAUCCCUUGGACAUUUGGUUCAACUUCAUUUGUUGGCUAGAACAGCAUAAAGCGUUUGACAAAGAUGGUGGAUUUCGGAAAAUUCUUGAACAAUGCCUAUCGAACUUUGAGAACUAUGAGAAUUAUAAGCAAGAUGUUCGAAUGGUUAAACUAUGGAUGAAGUUUAUUGAUAUGCAAGCCAACCCUUUGAAUUUGUAUCAAUUCCUGUAUAAGAAAAACGUUGGCACUCAAUGUGCCUGUUUUUAUAUUGGAUGGGCUCACUAUUACGAUGCUGCAAGUGCAUUCAAGCAAGCGGAGUCUAUAUACAACCUGGGUAUUCAGGUUAAGGCUCAACCGAUGGCAGAGCUCCAGGAAGCUCAGAAUAAAUUUCGCCUCUCAAUAGCACAAAGAAUGCUUUAUAAUGAUGCAUCUUCGAAAAAACGUUCUGCGAAUACUUUGGUUGAACAGAGACAACAGAUAACGUCGCUAAGUCCUCCGCAAAAGAAGUUAAAAGGGGAAAACAUAGAUUACUAUCAAUCACAACAACAGCAGCAACACACACAACCGCCUGUACAACCAGCGAUGCAUGGACAAAUGUCUCAAGCCCCGCAAUUGCAGCAACAGUCGCAGUCUGCACAACAUCAACAGCAACCAAAUCCACAGCUGCAGCAGCCUCAUUACGCAGGAUAUUAUCAGCAGCAGCAGCAGCAACCGCAGCAAGUGGCAACAGUUCCUGCUUCGAUUUCGACCAGUCCAGCAAUGACUGCCGAGCAAUACUAUCAACAGGAUAAACAGAAUGUCACAUAUUACCAAAACAAUAACCCACACGUCUAUCAGAAUCAGAAUCAUCAGCCAGUUCCGUCUCAGACACAUAACCAAACACCGGUCGCUUCUCAACAGCCUACACAGCGUCAGAUGCAACCCGCUCAGACACAUCACAAUUCACAUCAACUGCCCUAUCAAGCACCUACAUCAGUUCAACCUCAUUCAUCUCAACAACCACAUCCAGUUGUCCAGCAAGCUUCUCAGCCUCCGCCAACAGCGCGUUUCCAAUCGCAAGUCAUUGUCCAAGCUCCUUCUACGUCUACCCAACCAGCUGUUUCUACACAGACCAAAGCAACUGUACCGCAGCAGCAGCAGCCCCCAGCUACGAUACAAACACAACCGGUACAGCAAUCACAAACUAUUCAACCCGAACAACCAGUUCACAAAUCGGUCAUCAUUGAAAAUUACUCAUUGGUCAACGAUAGCUUAAUCGAGUGCAAUUUGAACAAUUCGGCCUACGUUAUAUCUUCGUCAUUAAAUUACGUCUAUGAUGACGCAGAUCUAACGGGUUAUUCAAUCGAAGAGCCAACGGUAGAAAAAGUAGAUCUAAACCCGGCAGGUAUACGACUGCCCAUAAACUUUUCCCGAGAAGCUCGUUCCAAUCACGAGCGAUGGGAGGUUCCACUCUGUCUCGAAGAACCAUACGAUCCAAAUCGGAAGUGUUGCUACCCGAAGGGAGUCGUCUAUCCGGAUUUGCAUACUGGUAAGCCAACAAUGGAGUUCUCACUGGAAGAGAUACGAGCCAGAAAGUGGUACCGUCGAAAGGAGGAACUUGAAGAACAAAAGAAGGCAAAGCAGCAACAAUUAGAGCUCGAAAAGCAGCGCCAGGAGCGACAGCGUCAAUUGCAACUGCAAUAUCAACAACAACAGCAACAACAACAACAACAACAGCAGCAGCAGCAGCAGCAACAACAGUCACAGCUGCAACAACACUCGCAGUUGCAACAACAACAUCAAUCGCCUCAUCAAUCUGUUCCACAACAAGCUAUCUAUGGGCAUCAUCAGCAUCAUCCAUCUGCGACGGCGGCGGUGGCAGUUCAACGUGGCUAUCAACCGCCCAAUCAGUAUCAACACGCCGUAUAUCCGCAGCAGUCACCGAAUCAACCUGUUCAUCCAUAUCAACAAACUUCUCGGCACUCACAAGAAGCUAAUGCACCAUGCCAGACACCUGCGCAAACACCAAGUCCAUACUACCAUCAACAUCUUCAGCACGUUCAGCCAUCACAUCAACAUAUUCACCAUCAGCCUGCUCAACAAAUUCCACAACCGGUGCAACUUUCUCCAAUCCCACACACUCAGCACGCUCCGGUUCAACCCAAUUAUACGAAUUAUCGGCAUCCUUACCCUCAGCAUCAAAAUCAGUACCAAGCACCACCUGUUCCAGUUCAUCAGCAAUCACCCGUUCAACAGCCAGCAACAUAUGAGCAGCACUCACCUUACCACGGUAAUCACUACGGAGGAUAUCCUGCUGCAAGCUACACACACAAUCAACCUCCCGUGCACCAGUCGCCUCCGAUGCCUGCGCAAUCUCCUCAUCAAUAUCCUAUCCAACAAGCUCCACACCCACAGCAGGUCCAGCAGCAUCUCCCGCAUCAAGGGUAUACAUCACAGCCUUCUGUUAGACCCAAAGCUCCUGCGCAGACACAAAUAUUGAGCGAACCAGUAAAGCCUAGCUCUCCUGUUCGACAAAUUCACAAACCACCGCCACCUCAACCAUUCGUCCAGAAACCCACUACCAGCCAAGCGCCACCUGCUAGUCAACCCGUUCAACAACCUGCACCGCAGCAGAAAGCAUCUCUAUCGACCGCAAAGCCACAACCACCCGUGUCGCAAAACCAGACGCUCCAGCGACCAACACCACCCGCACCAACGCCAGCAGUAGAGCAGACUAUCAAACCCGCAGCUAAGAAUUCCCUCAGCAACUGUGACGAUUUCGAAGAGCAGAUUGAGGCAUCUACAAUUCGAUUUUCAACAUCUACUGAGAACGGCACAAGCAAAAGUAAAACCAUUACCAUUAAAUUCAAGAAAGAUAAAUCAGCUGUGGCAGCUCCAAGUCCAGUCAACACACCUCCGGCAGCCGUUAGUCAGCCACCAAAAAAUCGAUUCGAAACAACGGCAACGAGUUCAUCCACAAAACCAGAAAUCAAGAAAUCUCGAAGAGUGUCUCCUACGGAUGUAGCAGGUUUGGGCGGAAAAGACAAGUCCAAAAAUGAGAACAAAAAAGCUAAACCCAGCAAAGCCAAAUUAUCAAAGUCGAAGUAUAACUCGGAUGCAACAGUUAUCCCGGCUAGGCGGACUGAAGAUUCCUUGUCCGACGAGAAUGAAGAGUCUGACCGUUCGUAUGCUUCUUCGCCGGACAUUGUAGCUUCGAAAAGCAAGGGCAAAUCGAAAGCUCGCUACGUCAUUGAUGAUGACGACGAGGAUGACGAUGACGAAUUAGAUGAACGUGAAUUUCCGGAUUCAGAAGAGGACGAGUACGACGAGGUUGACGAGGACGAUGAAGACGAGAUGGAUGAUGAGGGAGAAGAAGAUGAUGAAGAAGAAGAAAAUGAUUCUUCAUACCAAUCCAAUUCGGAGUUUAACACGUCUUUCAGUAAUAUUUCUUUCGCUGGCGACAAUAGCAACGGAGCAUUUAAUUUUGGAGGGGGCAGUUCUUGUUCAACCCCACUUCGGCAUACACAAACUUCAAGUGGAAUCUCCAAGCCUUCAACUCCUGUCGGUUCCUUCCGAUUUCUCAGAAAACAUGAAUCUAAUUUAUCGAUGCUAGGGCAAAACGAUGAUUCGAUGAAUUCGACGGUUGUCGAGAAUAGCUAUUUCCAAACAGAGCACGACGAGGAAGCCAGACGACGCAGAAAGGAGAAAGCGCUGGCUAUAAUCGAUACACAUCUGGCAAAGCCGUUUUUGGAUCCUUUCAGCAGUGAACUGUGCAAAGCGUUUCUUACUAAGGUCGAUUUCCCCUCGAGAGAAAACAGCAGUGGAUAUAAGGUGGUCAACAACAACCUACCUAAGCUUAUCAAAUCGCAAAUGGCGUGCCUGGGCGGGACAGCAUAUAGCAUUGAAAAAGAGGUUGGUCGCGGCUCGUACGGGUCAGUGUUUCGUGCGGUGAACAAUCAAACGGGAGCAGUGGUGGCCAUAAAGUAUCAAAAGCCUGCCAAUACAUGGGAGUUGUAUAUUUGCACCGAAGUGAAGAAAAGAAUUACUAAUCCAGAUAUUCUACCUGGUUUCAUGGAUAUCUGUUCUGCUGUGAUUGCACCAAAUGCGAGUGUUUUAGUAUCGGAGUUCUCACAAUAUGGUUCUCUACUAGAUAUAAAUAACAAAAUACGAACUGCCACGACAAAGGUGAUGCAUGAAUCAUUGGUUAUGCAUUUCAGCAGCCAAAUACUGGCCAUCGUAGAGCAUUUGCAUGCAUGUAAUAUAAUUCAUGCAGAUAUCAAACCGGAUAAUUUUCUGUUGAUGCAAAUACCAACUGUAGAGUCCGAUGUACCAACUCUACGUUUAAUUGAUUUUGGUUGCGCUAUUGACAUGAAUUUCUUCGAAAAAAAUCGGCAGUUCAAGAAGGUGAUACAAACAGAUGGAUUUACAUGUGUAGAAAUGCAAGAGGGCCGUCCAUGGUCUUUUCAGACUGAUCUAUUUUGUGUGGCUGGUACAAUUCAUGUUAUGUUGUUUGGCGAAUACAUGCAGCUGACGAAAAAAUUUGAAUGGGAAAUUAAACAAAAGCUGCCAAGAUAUCUGAAGAAGCACGUCUGGAGUGAGGUGUUUCAAAAGUUGUUGAACAUCAAAGACAUCAACCAUAUGCCGAAACUCAGCGCUUUGAAGGAGUUGAUUGACGGUGAAGCGUUUAAUUUGGAAUCCGAGUUGGUGAAACAUAUACGGACAUUGUCAAAUUUACUGAAGCGGCGCUAAGGUAUUUAUGGCUAAUUUUUUGUUGGAUUGAAUACGCCAGCUGGUCUGAAACAUGAAUUGCCGUCGAUAGGUGGGAGGGUCUGUAAAGUGUCUGUAAUAAGCAUAAUGUUAACUCUAUAUAAAUAGUAUAUGGGAAAGAUUGAAAUGUACAUUGUACAAUAACUUUAUUGUAAAAAGAAACAACAAGAAGAUGAAUCAAAAUGUAUAUUUAUACGUCAUAGGAUAACCAAAUUAUAAUGGGAGAACUAUAAAAUUUAAUAUACUACCUAUUAGAAUAGUGAGCCUGCUAUGUCAAAACAAAAGGACUAUAUUACUAGGAAAGUAUUUAUUAUCUGCAACUCCCUAUGAGUAGCAUUGCUUACAGAAAUUGUACAUAAUCAUUCAAAAAUGUACUGAGAAAAUUGUAUUCGUACAAUUUUUAUAUAUCGUUUACUAGAUUGGCAAACAAUACUAUGUAAAAGGUGAUCCAUAUCUAGUUUAGUACUGAAUUUCGAAAAUCGUAUAAUAAGAUCGAUAUACCUAACUACCUUUGAUUUUGCAGGCGAAUUUGAUACAAAUUUGUUCAGUCCAAAGAAUAGCUACUUCAAAACAAAAAAAAGUGAUGGGUUACAAAUCAAUUUGAACUUUCGUCGAUACCAUAGGUCUGGAUCACGAACUCACAUUAUGUUUUAAUGUGUGACUAGUAUGACCAGUACCUACACCGUGUAUUAUGAAAUCUAGAUUAGGUAUCCUAGUUAUUGUAAGUUCACCAGUUAUGACACCCAUAUAUGCAAUGAUACCAAUUAUGGCCUUGUUGCAAACGAAUGCCAUAUGCCAUGGUAUAUUAUUUGCAUAUCGUUAUAACUGGUACCUUUGUCCUACACACAGACGCUGUGUGUGUCUGAGAGCAAAUAUAAUUGCGCAAACAAUUUCCCUUAGUGAUACAAUAUUCGCUGCAGUAUAUAAAAAGUUUCGUACUAGUGGGCAAUAAAAUUAAACCUAUUAUG